AUGCUAGCACGAAACCUCACUGCUGCGUUUUCCGAACAGCUCCGCGCUGUCAUGAAUAACAAUAAUCCUGCUCCACAACAAGUAUUGGAUGAUAUGGCAGAUCAAAUAAAAAAUCUGCGGGAACGGAUUGAGCCCCCUAACGAGACACCCAAAUCCCACGAAUCUCAGGAUGGGAACUCGGAGAUGUCACGUUCCAGCAAGAGAAACAAGAGGCGACGGGAGAGACCAAGGACUCACACGAGCCUCGGCAGAAGUGAUCCUAGAGACAGAGAGUCUAAAACCGCCUCUCAAGAUGCCCGUACUUAUUUAGAAAGCAAAAAGCAUAAGGCAUCCGAAAGCAUCCAGUCACUGGUGGAUCGACGGAGGGAAGAGAGGAAGAGGGCGCAGCUGGUAGGAUCCAGCCAUCCAGCGAGUCCUGUAACCAUGCCGCGGAACGAAGAUGAGGUCAAAAUCCUCCCUGGAGAUCCUACCCCGAUAAUCUCUCCAAUGGCUCCCGAAAUACUAAACAUUCCCAACCCGGGGAAAAUAAAAAUCCCAAAUAUGGCAGCGUUUGACGGAACGUCAUGCCCUGAAGAACACUUGAUGGCGUACAAGAACCUGAUGGUGCUGCACACUACCAAUCCUUCCUUGUGGUCCUCAAGAAGGCAGGAGAAAUCAAACUUCCACCUACUAAGUGUCACUCAAUUGGAAGGAGAAUCCAUAUCCUCCUAUCUGAAGAAAUUCCAUGAGGCGGUGCUAGAGGUGACGGAUUUAGAGGAAUCAGUCGCCUUAAACGCCCUUAUCAAUGGAAUGAAGGCUCAAAGGCUCAAGUUCAAGCACACGACCCCAAGAGGCGGAAGUCUGACAAGAAAGACGCCGCAACCCCCCAUAGAGGAAAGAAAUCACACGCCGCGUCGUCCCGCGCCCCCUUCAGAUAUGGGACCCCCGCGUUCCCAUCACAUUUAUACCGCGGCAGGGGAAUCCAGAACACGCAAUUUGUUAGACGGAGGAAACGACCCGAUGUUUAAUCGAAACAGAAGGGAUAUUUUCUUUGCCGUUCGCGACAAGUUGCCAACUCCACCUCCCACUACCACUCCUUCCAACAGGCGCAAUUACAAUUUAUGGUGUGACUACCAUAAAGAGCACGGCCAUACCCUCGCCCAAUGUCGCGAACUCAAGCGUAUCUUGUAUCAGCUGGCCGAUGAAGGAAAGCUUUCCUGGUUCCUCAACAAGAGGGACUAUGACACGGGAGAAGGAGCAAACAGAAGGCAGUGGAAUCAAAGACGCGGAUCCCCCAAGAGGGAAGAGGCAAGGCGCGAAGGUUCCCAUACGCAAGGGACCAUCAACAUGAUUUUUGGAGGAUACACCGAGGAAUAUCCUACCGUCCGCGCUGCAAAAGACAGUGUUCAUACUCUGCUGAAAAGACCAACAACCGUAACCAGCGGGCCGGUCAUGAAGUUUGAUGCCACGACCUCUCAAACGCUGCAACAGCCCCAUACUGACCCUCUGUUCGAGGAAAAGCACUUGCAGCCCCUCGAUAAGCCGCUGAUCGGGUUUGGGGGAAGUCAGGUCAUUCCGCUAGGAACGAUCAUUCUCCCCGUGCGCAUGGGAGAAAGAAGUGAAAGCAGGACCCUGCCCAUACGUUUCACGGUAGUGGAUCUCACUUUCCCUUACAACGCCAUCAUGGGACUUCCCCUCAUUAACAAGAUCAAAGCUGCAAUCUUCCCUCAUCAACUCUUGUUGCAAUUCGAACGGGACGAUGGGAAAGUUGGCAUCCUCAAGGGAGAUCAGAUAACGGCACGCCAAUGCCUUAUAAACACUCUGAAGCGCGGACACUCCGCGACACCCGCCAAAAGGGAAAGGGAAGAUCAAGACGCUCCCGCUGUCAUGAGCGUAUAUAUGGAAAACCCUAGCACACACGAAAGGCCUCGCCCCAUAGAAAGAUACGAGGCAGUAGACAUGUUCGAGGGAAAGCAACUAAAGAUAGGGAAAGAUAUUCCUGGUACGAUUAAAAAAGAAAUCGUGGCCACCAUUGCUGAGUUCCGUGACGUCUUCGCCUUCAGCACGGAAGAAAUGUCUGGCAUCCCUACUAGCGUCAUGUGUCAUAAACUUGACAUAAGACCAGGCCACAAACCAGUAAAGCAGAAGUUGCGGCAUCAAGGAAAAGAGCGGACCGAGGCCGCCAAAGAGGAAGUUGAAAAAUUAUUGAGAGCCGGAUUCAUUAGAGAAUGCAAAUACUCCGAUUGGCUAUCCAAUGUCGUCCUCGUGAAGAAACCAAACGGCAAAUGGAGGAUGUGUGUCGAUUUCACGGAUUUGAAUAGAGCCUGCCCCAAGGACGACUAUCCACUUCCAAAAAUAGAUCGCCUGGUGGACUCCACAGCAGGCCAUGCGCUACUAAGUUUCAUGGAUGCCAAUGCCGGAUAUCACCAGAUUCAAUUGGCGCCGGAGGACCAAACACACACGGCCUUCAUUACUAGCAUGGGUGUCUACUGCUACAAAGUCAUGCCCUUCGGGUUAAAAAAUGCAGGAGCCACCUAUCAAAGGAUGCACGCUGCGGACUUGCGUGAAACGUUCAAUACCCUCCGUAAACACCAGAUGAAGCUCAAUCCGGACAAGUGUGUGUUCGGGGUCACAGGAGGAAAAUGUCUCGGCUUCUUGGUAGACGAACGGGGCAUCGAGGCAAAUCCGGAUAAGAUUCAGGCCAUUCAAAACAUGAGAUCCCCCACCUCCGUAAAAGAAGUGCAAAAGCUCACGGGGUGUAUAGCCGCACUAGGAAGAUUCCUUUCAAAAUCGGCAGACAAAUGCUUACCUUUCUUCAAAACAAUAAAGCAACAGAAAUUCGAAUGGACCGCGGAAGCAGAAAAGUCUUUCCGUCAGCUUAAGGAGCACUUAUCGGCCUUGCCAAAACUAGUUUCGCCCAUCAACGGGGAAAAGCUAGUCUUAUAUGUCUCUGUCUCCGAAUACUCGUUAUCCGGAGUGCUUGUGGCGGAAAGGGAAAAGAAGCAGCUUCCAAUAUACUAUGUGAGUCAUGCAUUCCACGGCUCAGAAGGGAACUAUUGCGAAGUGGAAAAGGUCAUAUUUGCGAUAGUGAUGGCCAGCAGGAAAUUAAAGCCAUACUUUCAGUCCAACCCGAUCAUUGUCCGGACUGAUCAACCUUUAAAAAAGAUCCUUGAGGGGAAAAACAAGUCGAGCCGUGUCACAGAUUGGGCAAACCAGCUAGCAGAUUUCGGCAUCGAGUACGAGUCUCGAACGGCAAUUAAAGCACAAGCCUUGGCUGACUUUAUUGCUGAAAGCACUUCCCCCCCUCCUGCUGAAGUUAAUCGAGAAUGGAAAUUGUAUGUAGACGGGUCUUCAACACAAUCGGCGAGUGGGGCCGGACUCCUCAUUGUGUCCUCCGCCGGGGUCCGCAUGGAAAGGGCGGUCAGAUUUGAGUUCGCGGCAUCCAACAAUGAUGCCGAGUAUGAAGCAUUACUGAUGGGGCUGAAAAUCUGCUGCGAGGCUGGGGCUAAAGAAUUGGCCGCAUUCUCGGAUUCCCAAUUGAUAGUGGGGCAAGUAAACGGGGAAUUCGAGGCUAAAGAUGAUAGCAUGAAAAUGUAUCUGCAGCAAGUGAAGGACUUUAUUCCAAAGUUUGACAAGUUCACGUUGGAGCACAUUCCACGAUCCCAAAAUGCCCAGGCCGAUUCCCUAGCAAAACUUGCCAGCUCCGCAGAUACUUCCGCGGCUCGUGAUAUAAUUUGGGAAGUGCUCCCCAACCCCAGCAUCAACUUCAUGAUCAACACCAUCGACAGAUCUGAAACAUGGAUGGGGCCAUACGUUAAGUACUUGCAAGAUCAAACGCUCCCCCAACACGAGAAUCAGGCCAAAAUGCUCCAGAAGAAAGCCAAAUGGUUCGAACUUCAUGAAGGAACGCUUUAUAAAAAAUCAUACACACAUCCCCUCCUGAAAUGUGUUGCUCCUGAGGAAGGAAACUAUAUCCUACGAGAAAUACACGAAGGCGGAUGCGGAAUACACCAGGGAGUGCGAACGGUCAUUAGCAAAGUCCUUAGAAGUGGUUAUUAUUGGCCUUCACUCCGGAAAGACGCGGAAGAGUUGAUCCUACGGUGUCCUGAAUGUCAGUAUCACUCAAAGAUAGGGAGAAAACCCUCUAAUUACUUGACCGUCUUGCAAGCCGUCCUGCCAUUCGACAAAUGGGGUAUGGAUCUCCUUGGCCCUUUUCCACCAGCAAAGGGGCAACGCAAGUUCAUCAUUGUGGCUAUUGAUUACUUCACAAAGUACGUAGAAGCAGAGGCUCUUAGUUCGAUCACAGACAAGCAAGUCUGCCAGUUUUUAUGGCGGAACAUCAUCACAAGAUACGGCAUACCGAGGGUGAUCAUUACGGAUAAUGGAAGGCAAUUUGUCAGCAAGAACACCAUUGAGUAUUGCGACAAAUUCCACAUCCAAAUCAGAUUUAGUUCUGUGUCCAGGCCGCAAACUAACGGUCAAGUCGAAUCCGCCAACAAAGAGAUACUAAAUGGUAUCAAAAAGAAGAUAGAAGGGGUCAAAGAAAUCAAAUUACAAAAUUACAAGACUAAACAUUAUCCAAAAAGGCGUCGACGUCCCCCUCUGCGUCCUGGACCGGCAACGGAGGAGAUUCGGCCGCCCCCUCUUCAAGACUGGGAGUGA